AUAGCAGUCGUCAAAGAAAAACAGUGAAGACAUGAGCACUGAAGGUAAUCAGAGCACAGGAGGAGAAUCAGCCGUGGACACAAAAUCCGGCCGUCCUGGAUGGAAGCAAUUUCAGUGCCCCAUAGCUGAUCCACGCUUUCCCAGAGAAGAUGUGAAGCAGAUAUGGAUGGAAUGCCAGCAUGAUAGCUUCUGGUAUCGAGCUCUUCCUCUCUCUGCCGGCAGCAUGGCUGUGACUGGUGGUCUCAUAUACAGUGGUGUCUGGAAACAGUCCAAGCGAUUUGGGUAUUUCCCUAAACUGAUUUUGGCGGGUAUUGUGGGUUUUGCAGUAGGCAAAGCUUCGUAUAUCGGGACCUGCAGAGAGAAGUUCAACAACAAACUGGGACCAGAGUUCACAAAAGCUUUUGGUGGCCCUGGCUUUGGACCUGGUGGCUUUAGACCUGGGCAUAACCAUUGCAUCCAUGUGUGUGAAAAGUGCAAGCAACAAGAAGCACAGGCUGCAACAGUACCUGAUGCACCCACUCAGAGCUGAGGGUUUUGAGUUUCAGCAGGAAGCCACUUAUUAAACCAUGUUGUUUUUUGUUUAUAAUAAAAUCAAAUGAUUAAAGACUGAAUGUUUGUUUAAAAUAUGAUGCAACAGGAGGCAGCUGAAAUCAUCUGUAAUGGACCCUAAAGGUAACUAACCAGCAGGGGGCGCCAAGACACCACAGUCCAUUGUAACUAUGCUUCGCUGUGAACCUUUGUGCAACAGGUUCAUUGACUGAAACGAGCUGUAGGUGUGUCAAACAACAGUGCACUAAAAAUGUGGUUUGCGCAUGAGGUAUUUUGAAGAUAACAAUAAGCGAUGAAAGCUACUGUUGUUGGUCUCAAGUACAGUGUUUUACAUACAAUUAAGGUGGACGAGUAAGCUCUUAUAUUGAUAUAUACACCAACGGUAUCUGCUCAGCUUUCCAAAUUUCUGGAGGUUUUGAUUCAGUUUUAUGGCAUCAUCAUACUAUACAUGGGCGUAAAUCUGAUUUAACAGUAGGGGGGACAAUAAAUAUUAAAUUUCUUUCGAGCAUUUUUUUGAAGGGGACACAAAUAAUACAGCUGAAUUGUACUAUUAAAGAUUUGUCCCCACAGUUAAAAAUGGUUUUAUCAAAAUUAUUAUUAUAGCAUGGAGACUACGUCAUUAUGAUUAUUCUCAAAGUUUUUCUCAGGUUCAAUGGCAAAGCAAAUUUUUCUUCGAAACUAUUUAUUGCAUUGUUUGUUGUGUCGUUUACAUUCAAUAGACUGACUCCUGAAGCAGAAUAAAUGCAGCAAAGUACAUUUUCCAUACUCAUAAUAACUAACUUUAAAAACGUUAAAAUGACCGAUCAUAUUGUAAAUCAGUGAACCUGUGAGGUUCGUCUGCUAAACAGCCACAACUCCGAAAACAUUUUAAAAGUUGUUCACCCCCAAAAGAAUAGUCAUUAUACCCUCAAUAAAGCACAACACCCUUACCUGA